AUGUCUGAGGGAAAGAAGAUGACAUCGAGCCGCAGGCAUCAUGUCAAGAGUUUGAUCCUGUCGAUCGCUGCUGCCUGGCUGGAGCAGGAAGCCACCGAGAACAUCGCCGCCAAAGAAGCUUACAUGGCGGAGAAAUGUGCCAUCCCCGACCUGAGCGGAGACCAGGCGUCUCUGAUGGAAAUCUGCAAAAAGCUGCACCAGGCCCUCGACAAGGUCGAUGAGGAGAGAUACGACGCCGGUGGCAAAGUGGAAAAGGCCGACAAAGAGAUCGACGAUCUGAAGCUGAAGGUGGUGGAGUUGGCCGGAGUGAAGAAGCCGGCCCUGAAGAAGGUCCGCAUGUCAGCCGACUCCAUGCUGCAGGCUCUGCUGGGAGGGAAACACAAGGUGACCAUGGACCUGAGGGCCAACCUGAAGCAGGUCAAGAAGGAGGUCAAGGAGGAGGCCGGCGAGGCGGUCGGCGACUGGCGUAAGAACAUCGAGGACAAAGCCGACAGGAAGAAGAUGUUCGAGACUUCCUAA